CAUUUUUGCAAAUAUAAAGGAGGAAGAAACUGCUGUUCAUUUGCUAUGCAUAUAAUCUUGUGUGAUUAGUGGUGCCAUAUUAGUCUACUUUUUCUGAUUCCUGUGAUCUGUUAUCUGUGAGCAAUGGAGAUGCAUGACAUAGGAAGUGGUAGUGCCCCUCCUGAACCCACGGACCCACCACAGAGGAGCAGUGCAUGGAAUCGACUUCAGAAGAGGUUGAAGCGGAAGGGUGUGGUCGAGGUUGACAUUGAUCACCAUCGUUAUCAGAUGCUGCAAUGUAUGAGGAAAGGCAUACAGCAGGUGCUCCUCACUCAUCCAGAGUUGGGGCCACGGGAAAAUCUUCAGACAGAAGACUAUCAACAUGUAUUGGAGGUGCAGGUCAUUACACCUGAUAACACGGAGUUUGUGUUUGCCAGUUAUGCCAGCUCUGUGUUUGCUGCAAUACGUCGUGCUAUUGAUGUUAAGGAAGACCAGUAUUUAGCAUCGGUUGCUCCAGAACAGUUGCCCUAUCUGGAGUUUGUGAGCAACUCAAAAAGUGGUCAAGAUUUCUUUCUGAGCAAUGACCAGCAGUAUUUGUUCAAAACUGACAGGAAAUAUUGUGUGGAUUUCUUCCUGGCUAACAUUGGUGAUUAUCUGCAUCAUUUUCUGACCUAUCCACACUCUUUGAUUGUGAAAUUCCUUGGAUUAUAUUCCAUCACUAUGCCAGGAGAAAGCAAGAAAUACUUCCUGGUGAUGCAGAGCAUAUUUUACCCAAGCCAUCGGUUAGAAGAUCGGUUUGACAUCAAAGGAGCUUUAGCUGGAAGAUACCAACGACCCAAUCCACCUGGCUGUAAUGUAGUGACAGUAUUGAAAGAUCAGAAUUUUUUGGAAGAAACAAUUGAUAUUGGCUCCCAGCGCGACUGGUUCAUCACACAACUUAAGGCUGACACAGAGUUUCUUAGAGGUCUGUCGGUCCAGGACUACAGUUUACUGGUGGGAAGACAGAAACUUCACUCAGAUGAGAUGAAGGAAACACUGCCGAACCUAGUGAAGAGACUUGCAAAAUCUCUCCCAAAUACAUCUUCUCCAACCUUGUCACCUGAAAACUCCAACAUUACAUUAGCAACUAAAGAGUCUUCUGACAUCAGCCCCAUUCACAGCAAAUUCACCGAGAUGAAUACCAUCCCCCUGGAUGACGACAUCCCCCCCAUGGAGCAGGUGGACUCCUCCAAGAACCACAAUGCCUCCCUUCUGUUCCCACAUUCCCUCACCAACAGCUCAUACCUCGACACCAUCAUGGGCUCAUCCAACAGGCGGCUGCUGCCAAACUGCAAGAACGCUCUGCACAUCAUUGACGGACCGGAAAAGCGCUAUUUUCUCGGAAUCAUCGAUUUUUUCACUCUGUACGAGUAUCGACAGAUUGCUGGCCGCAUGUAUAAGAAUGUCAGAUAUGGGUGUGGAGACCAUUCGACGGUGCCACCAGGAGAAUAUGCAGACCGAUUUCUUAAAUUUAUCAUUGAAAGAGUGAAAUAGGUUUCUUUCUUUGUUUUUUUUCUUUUGUUAUUGUAUGUUGUACACUAUAUUGUGCCAUAAUAUAUCUGCAGAAUAGAUCCGAUGUUGUAUUUUAAAUUCUUGAAUGCUGAAAUGUCUUUACUGAGAUAAUGAAGGGGUUUUUUCUUCUUCUUUUUUUCACAUUCUUCUGCUGGAAUAGAAUAUUCUGAUGGAUGUUAAGCAAAAUAUCGAAUCCAGACUGAUUUGUAGGUUUUAUUAUUUAAUUAAGGAUUGUCUGUUAUUUCUUUUACUUUAAUCAGGGUA